GUUUGCCAACUGACAGAUGAGCAUAUACGUCACUUGGUGAAAAUGACACGUGAUUUUACCCUGCUUUUUUAUAAGUGCCGCAAAACUGGAUCUCCACUCUACAAACACUAUAAAGUAUACAAGCGCCCAACCUGUGGUCAGUGCAAUGGGAAGAUCACUGUGUGUCGUUUAGGAGAGAAUAACAGGAUGACUUACUUCUGCUCUCGAUGUCAAAAGGCAGAUCCCCAGCUUGUCAGUGUUAGCAAACUGCCAACUAGAAAUAGCCUAAUUGGCUGGGCAUAUGGCAGGGGGUCAUGUUCUAAUGAACUUGUAGCUCAGAAAUCUGAAGAGGAGUGGACAUGUAUGUGCUGUACCCUAAUAAACAAGCCUUCUGCUGAAAUUUGUGAUGCCUGUUUGACUUCAAGGCCUGAAGUUCCAAAGACAGAGAACAUUGAAGAUUCUGCAGCCUUUAACAUCAACUUAAUGAAGUUCCCUUGUAAUGAUUUUAGAAAACCAAGCACCGAAAUAAAGUUCAAUAGGAAAGCUGCAUUUGGAACUACAACUCUUGUCUUAACAGAUCUCGGUAACAAAGCUGUUUUGAGAAAUGAAACCGAACUAUCUAAUGGAUGCUUUCAGUAUGUUGCUCCAAAAAGGAGUUGUAAUCAAAUCCAAAACAAUGUCUACCAGUCAGGGGGAAGCACAGACAAGGAUUGCUCAACACCUGUAACUGCUAUGGCUUUGUCCUCUUGGCACCAACCUCUUGCUUUCAGACACAUACAGAAGAAACAGAAAACUCAUCAUCUCCCCUCUGUUCACCAAUAUAAUAUAGCAAUCAGCAAACCUCAAGCUAAUAUGACAGAUGAUAAUCGUACGUUAAGUGCAGGCCGUCCUUGCUGCAGUAAACACAGCCAACUCUGCAGCCUCAGAGUUGUGAGAAAGGACGGAGAAAACAAGGGCAGGCAGUUUUUUGCCUGUCCUCUACCCAGAGAAACUCGGUGUGACUACUUUCAAUGGGCUGAUUUGAAUUUUCCAUUUUGUAACCAUGGCAAGCGAUGUGUUAUGAAGACUGUGUUCAAGAUUGGUCCUAAUAAUGGGAAGAACUUUUUUGUGUGUCCCCUUGGAAAGGAAAAACAGUGUGGCUUCUUCCAAUGGGCAGAAAAUGGGCCAGGUAUGCAGGUUAUUCCUUGA